GGAGGGAUCCAAGCACCGAGGCACUGAGGCUCCAGCCUGACUGACGCCGAGACUGAGCCGCUGCGCCGCCCGAGAAGAGCAGCGGCUCACCUCCGCACUACACAGUGAAGCGCGCGGUCGGUCAAGAAAUCAGCAACCAUUUCAAAAAGGAAAAAAAAAAUCUAGACUGCAGAGUGAUCUAACCUUCUAUGAAGAGUAAGACAAGCAUUUACAAAAUUGUCUAAAAGACACCCAGUUAUAAUAAUCCUGACAACUCCCAUGUACUCCAGCGCAUCUAUCACUUCUCUCUUUUCCUUCACCAGCCCAGCAGUAAAGAGACUGUUGGGCUGGAAACAAGGGGAUGAGGAGGAAAAAUGGGCAGAGAAAGCUGUAGAUUCACUUGUUAAAAAGCUCAAGAAGAAGAAAGGAGCAAUGGAAGAACUGGAGAAAGCACUGAGUUGUCCCGGUCAGCCCAGCAAAUGUGUAACCAUCCCACGCUCCCUUGAUGGCAGGUUGCAGGUAUCCCACAGGAAAGGUCUUCCUCAUGUCAUCUAUUGCAGGGUGUGGAGGUGGCCAGACCUGCAGUCCCACCAUGAGCUUAAAGCUCUUGAAUGUUGCGAGUUUCCAUUUGGAUCAAAACAGAAAGACAUCUGCAUUAACCCUUAUCAUUAUCGACGAGUAGAAACACCAGUCCUGCCUCCUGUUUUGGUACCUCGUCACAGUGAAUUCAACCCUCAGCACAGCCUCUUGGCUAAGUUCCGGAAUGCCUCUCUUCAGAGUGAACCCCUCAUGCCACACAAUGCAACAUACCCAGAGUCCUUCCAGCAAGCAGCAUGUACCUCUUUUUCUUCAUCUCCAAAUAGCACUUUCUCCCAGUCUCCUAGAACUAUAAGUUAUCCUAACUCUCCAGGGAGUCCCAGAGACCCUGGGAGUCCUUAUCAGCUAGCAGCCGAAACUCCACCUCCUCCUUAUAGCAUGACAGAGUCAACAGUCAAUGAUGAUGUGAAGCCAAUGGAAACAAAUCCUAAUAGGUUAAUCUUUUCUGCAGACCAUAAAGACCUACGGCCUGUUUGUUAUGAAGAGCCAGAGUACUGGUGCUCGGUUGCUUAUUAUGAACUAAACAACAGAGUUGGGGAAACAUUCCAUGCAUCUUCUCGUAGCAUGCUUAUAGAUGGCUUCACGGAUCCAUCCAACAACAAGAAUAGGUUUUGUCUUGGGCUCUUAUCAAAUGUUAACCGCAACUCCACAAUUGAACACACCAGGAGGCACAUUGGAAAAGGUGUUCAUUUGUACUACGUCGGAGGAGAGGUGUAUGCUGAAUGCUUGAGUGACAGCAGCAUUUUUGUGCAGAGUCGUAAUUGCAACUAUCAGCAUGGAUUCCAUGCCACCACUGUCUGCAAAAUCCCGAGUGGCUGCAGUCUUAAGAUCUUCAACAAUCAACUCUUCGCUCAGUUGUUGGCUCAGUCUGUUAACCAUGGCUUUGAGGUUGUCUAUGAAUUAACAAAAAUGUGCACCAUCCGAAUGAGCUUUGUAAAGGGCUGGGGUGCAGAAUACCAUCGGCAGGAUGUGACGAGCACUCCCUGCUGGAUUGAGAUCCACCUCCAUGGACCUCUUCAAUGGCUGGACAAAGUGCUUACUCAGAUGGGCUCUCCUCAUAACCCCAUCUCAUCAGUCUCUUGAAAGAAGAAAUACGCAAGACUUUCCCUAUAAAAUGCUAUUGCAGGCAGUGGCUUAUAGGACAAGCAAUAACACAUGUUUGGCAUUAGAGUCAGUUUGUUAGUCAGUGUGUAAUGUCUCCAUGUGUGUAAUUAAAAAAAAAUUGGAAUAGCUAUAGAUAUGCUUUUUAGCAAUUUCAUUUAUUUGCAUUUGAAGGGAGUUGCUUUUAUACUAAGAAUGUAAACAAGAAACAACGAAAAAAAAUUCAAAUGUGUUACAGAAUGUUACAAUGUAAAAUACAUUGGUUGAGUUAAUCAGACCUAUACUUGAUGAUGACAUAUGUAAUUAUUUUCAGUUACAGAAUCAGAAUCUAUGUUGCUUGGAAAUUGUGGUUGACAAUGGGAUGACAUGCAAGGUUUUUACCUUUUUUAAAAAUGUUCAUUUUAGAACAUCAAAAAGAACUCAAUAGCAUUUUUUGAAAUGAACAUUGUUUCAUUUUUUCAUUCAACAUAACACUCGUGUUCCUUCUUACUUUUUAAAAUUUGUAUGUGAUAUAUACAGUAUUUGGUUAAUGCAUAAGGAAAUGUGGGAAUUUCCUGUGACCAAAUCUCCCAUCUUUAAUGUAUUCACUAGCAAAAGUAAUAUAUGUGUCUGCAGUGAACUGAGAGGUACGCGGAAAUCAUCACUUGUCUGUUCUUCAUAGUGUAGUGGAUAAGGUGUUUGGGUUCAAAUCCUGCUACUGACACUGUAUGGCCAUGAGCAUGUCACUUUACCUGCUUGUGCUAAAAUUAGAAAAACAAAGGAAAUGUAACUUGUUGUAUCUCAAAUAUUUAUAAUUUACCUUGGAUAAAGGUGUUGGGCAAAUAUGUGAAUGAUAAAAAGUUCUGUUAUUCAGAAAGAAGAAAUCAACAGCAAAAAACAGAAUAUGUUCAUUGUUACUUGUAUAUGUUAUACGAGUUUAAUGUUGUGUUUUUGAGUUGUAAAAAUUUGCGAAAAAUUCACUCAACUAGUAUUGCUCUUGACAUAUUUUGCCAAACCUGGCAUUAGCAUUACAGUAUAUUAUUAAUAGUUAUUGUAAGCUGUACAAAUCUUAAUCAUAUUGGUAUAUGUUAUGUACUGUGGUGAGGUGUGUCUGACAAUAUUGCUUUACACUGCUUAUGCUAGGGGUUCGAAGAUGGGACUUCAAGUUGGUGGGGUGCUGGACACACUCAGCAGCUGUGCUCGAGCCCACUCCCACUCCUACAUUUCACUAGUGACGGGGGUCUGUAGGAGAUACGAGGGAGUUUUAAUGGGAUGAGCAGCUGGUCUAGACAUACUUGAUGGCCUUCCUAUAUUUUGUCUUUCUUUGUCACACAUUUGGUUAUAUAUUAUAUACUGUAUGUUCAUGUAUGCUUACAUCCCAAAAACACAAAUUGUAAAUAUAAUUAAGUGAAAGUAACCAUUUCUGUCAUGUAACUUAAAAUUUAUAUUUUGUGUGCUCAGUUACAGUACUGAAUAUAGAAGUCACAGCGCAGGGAUCCUUAUGUGUUGGAUGUUAACUGCACAAAUGAUUUUAAUUUUCCAAGAUGUAAUGUAUGGCUUCAUUCUUUACUGGGAAGACAGAUUUAUAAUCAAAUAAAUUAUCAGUGUUCGCAUUCUUGAUGAAUUAUGAUGGGAUCUUA